AUGCUGGACUUGCCAAGUUCGCUUCGAUUCGACAUGUUCAGGCAUCGGUGUGAUCCAGGGGAGCUGCAGGUCUUGAAUUGGCUUCGCCACAUCCCAACAAACAAUAACGUAUUGUCGACGAUGCCGAGGAGGCGGACGAGGCUCAUGCUGGGCUGCGCCAUAUGUAUGCUCGCCGUUUGGGCCAGGGAGUGGCGGGUGGCCCCAACAUCGACAUGUCUCAUGGUUGUGUGUGGGUGCAGCUCCUGGUCCACUCACCCAUCCCUUUUUUCAAAUGAAUUUAAUGAAUGCGCGGUCGGUCAGCCUCAACGGGCAACCGACGAGUUUUGA